GAUCCUUUCCCACUUCGCACCCUCUUUACAGCUUCCGUCGAUUUAUGGUAUCGUUCUCCCUCUCGGUUCCCCUUUCCUUUCCUUCUUUCCCACUUCGAAUGCUCUUUACAGCCUCCGCCUAUUUAUCGACUCUCGUUUCCCCUUCCCUUUCAUUCUUUCCCACUUCGAACCCUCUUUACAGCUUCCGUCUAUUUAUCGGCUCCCUUCUCCCUCCCUUUUCCGCUUUCCUUUCAUUCGCCCUUGCAGCGAGCCGGCGUGCGAUGUGGCCUGGCUUGGGGAAUGGCGAGGCUCGUUCAUCUCGUCGUCUUCAAUCUCCUCCUCCUCUUCGUCGUCUGCAGUGCUCAGAUGCCUGGUUUUGUCAGUAUUGACUGUGGAGGCAGCGAAACAUAUACUGAUUAUAUUGGACUGGUGUGGACACCUGAUAGUCAAUUUAUUUAUGGUGAAGCAGCUAAUAUAUCAGUUCCAAAUGAGAACCGCAAGCAAUAUAAGACAGUGCGGUACUUCCCAGCAGAUAAUAGAAAGUACUGCUACACAUUCAAUGUCACAAUCAGGACACGGUACCUCGUGCGAACAAGCUUCUUAUAUGGGAACUUUGACAGAAGUAAUGUUUAUCCAAAAUUUGACAUUUCAAUUGGUGCAAGUCAUUGGUCAACCAUUGUUAUCUACGAUGAGAAAGCCAUUGUGACACAAGAGGCCGUUAUCCUAGCUUCUUUUCCUACAGUUAGCAUUUGUUUGUCUAAUGCUACAACUGGACAGCCUUUUAUUUCUACCAUCGAGCUUCGGCAAUUCAAUGGUUCACUCUAUCACACAGAAUUUGAAACUCAGUUUUUCUUGAGUCUAUCUGCAAGACUAAAUUUUGGAGCUGACAAUAAUGGAUCUAUCAGGUACCCAGAUGAUCCUUACGAUCGAAUUUGGGAAUCUGACUCUUUGAAGAGGCCAAACUACCUUGUCGAUGUUGCUCCUGGAACUGAAAGAAUAUCGACUGCUAUGCCUAUAGAUGUCAAUAAUGAUGAAAGGCCACCUGUAAAGGUUAUGCAAACAGCUGUAGUGGGGCAAAAUGGAACCUUGAACUAUCGGCUUAACUUGAAUGGUUUUCCAGGGUAUGGUUGGGCAUUUUGUUAUUUUGCAGAAAUUGAAGAGUUAGGAGUGAAUGAAAUUAGGAAAUUUAAGCUAGUGCUUCCAGGGAAUAAGGAACUAACUCGUCUCAUUGUGAAUGUCCAAGAAAAUGCUCAAGGGAAGUAUCGGUUAUAUGAACCAGGAUCAUAUAAUAUAAGCCUCCCUUUUGUCUUGUCGUUUGCUUUUAAGCAAACUAAUGAUUCAUCCAGGGGACCCAUCUUAAAUGCUUUGGAGAUUUACAAGUACAUGGGGAUACAUUAUGGCUCAAUGGAUGCAUCAACCAUGCAAAGUUUCACAUCACAUUACCCACAAGCAGUUUGGGCGCAAGAAGGCGGGGAUCCAUGCUUACCAGCUCCAUGGUCCUGGGUGCAAUGUAAUUCAGAUCCACAACCAAGAAUUGUUUCAAUUGAAUUAUCAAAGAAAAAUUUGACAGGAGAUAUACCUUUGGAACUUGCUAACUUAACAGGCUUGGUCGAGUUGUGGCUUGAUGGGAACAUGCUUACUGGUCCAAUACCUGAACUUGGUGGAUGCUUGAAUCUGAAAGACAUUCACCUUGAGAACAAUAAGUUAACCGGCGAUUUGCCAUCAUCAUUGGUGGGCCUACCAAGUUUAAAGGAACUGUAUGUGCAGAACAAUAUGCUGUCCGGAACAGUGCCCACUGGUCUUCUCGGCAAAAAUAUUGUUUUUAUGUACUCUGGAAAUGCAUAUCUUGAUGGGGAAAAAAAUAGCAAGAGGCACAUUAUAAUUGUUUUGUGCUGUGUUUUUGGAUUUUCUGUGCUGCUUGCGGCUGUUCUUGCCUACUUAUUUGCACACAGAAAAAGAGAGUUACUUUCAGGAAAAGAUGAUCUUGCCACCGUCCUACCACUUCAGAAGCAAAGUGCUUCCUUCAGUGAACUUGGUACUGACGUAGCCCAUCGAUACAUGUUGUCCGAAAUUAAAUGUGCCACAGAGAAUUUUGCAAAAAAAGUUGGUUUUGGAGGUUAUGGGACUGUAUAUUAUGGAAAGAUGACAAACGGAAAGGAAAUUGCCGUGAAAGUCCUUACAAAUGAUUCUUGUCAGGGGAACCGGCAAUUCUCAAUUGAGGUGUCCCUGCUUUCCAGAAUACAUCACAGGAACCUGGUACAAUUUCUAGGUUACUGCCAGCAAGAGGGGAAGAACAUCCUUGUCUAUGAGUUUAUGCAUAAUGGAACUUUGAAAGAGCACCUUCACGGUUCUGCAUCUCAGAGACAACAUAUUAGUUGGAUUAAGCGUCUUGAGAUUGCUGAAGAUGUUGCAAAAGGCAUUGAGUAUCUCCAUACUGGCUGUUCUCCGGCCAUAAUCCACAGGGAUCUGAAGACCAGCAAUAUUCUUUUGGACAAGAACAUGAGAGCAAAAGUUUCAGAUUUCGGUCUUUCAAAGCCUGCUGCAGACGAAUCCCAUGUCUCAAGCGUUGUUCGAGGGACUUUGGGCUACUUAGACCCUGAGUAUUACACCUCACAGCAAUUAACAGUAAAGAGUGAUGUUUAUAGUUAUGGCAUUAUCCUUCUGGAGCUUAUUUCUGGUCAAGAGCCGAUAUCUAACACAAGUUUUGGCGAGAGCUUCCGAAACAUAAGUCCGUGGGCAAAGUUUCAUUGUGAGAGCGGAGAAAUCGAGGCUAUCAUCGACCCAUCACUUGGGGAUGAUUACAAUGACAUCCAGUCAGUGUGGAAGGUUGCCGAAGUGGCAGUGAGAUGCGUCAACCGGGAAAUGAGAAACAGGCCAGCCAUGUCCGAAGUGCUCAAGGAGAUCCAAGAGGCUAUCGCACUGGAGCACGCUCCGGCGAACACACAACCCAACAAUUUCUUUGGUGAAGUUUACUUGGACGCAUUGAACAAUCCUGGACCCGAUGCUUAUUCUAGUGAUUCCUUUACCCAGCCAGAGCUCCGCUAGUGCUGACCGUACCUGAUGUGCUUCCAUAUUUUUAUGAUUUUGUUCAUAACUAGGAUUGGAAAACAGUGUAAUUCAAAUUUUGAGUAGUUUGUGAUCAUAAUUUAGACAUAUAACAAGUGUUCAUGUCAUGACGAAUGUGCAAC